GCCGUCAGUUGACGACGCAACCGUACGGAAAGCGCACGUGUUUUAUCGCGAAGUGUCGGGUUUUCGUAACUUGCGAAGGUUUUAAGUGUGUGUUUGUGAAGUGUUUGUGUUUGUAUUCGAAAUCCCGAGAAAACAUGAAGUCACGGUCCAAUGAACAUUAAAAAGAUACCUUAUGCUACGAAGGAAGAACAUUCACCAGGAAUGCAUCGACACAAAGAAAUGACCAACAUAACAAAAUGGCUGACAAAUGUUGGGAAAAAUGGCUGAGGAUAUCCCUUUUAUCGCUCACCAUCUCCAUGACUGUUACUGACUUUACGACAGAAUGCCAGCGCCCUUGUGACUGUCGGUGGCAGUCCGGCAAUAAGGCUGCAAUCUGCUCAAACUCAAGCCUUAAAGUCGUACCCGCCAACCUAAGUAGCGAUAUCCAAAUAUUAGAUCUCUCCAAUAAUAAUCUUCUCCAGUUACACCAAGAAGCCUUCAAACGAGUAGGCCUAAGCAAUCUCAAAAAACUCUUCUUAAGAGACUGUAGCUUAGAAACUAUACAUAAAUCAGCAUUCGCUACAUUAGCCAUAAUGAUAGAGUUAGAUAUAUCUAAAAAUAAAAUACGAUUCCUUCAUCCAGACACGUUCCGGAGCACCGAGAAACUAAGAUUGAUAAACUUAAACAAUAAUUUGAUCGACAAAUUGGAGGACGGACUGUUUCGAAACUUAAAAUACUUACAGAAAGUCGAAGUGAGCAAUAAUAGAAUCGUCCGAAUCGGCACAAAGGCCUUCGUAAACUUACCGCAGUUAAAGAUUCUUAGAAUCGACGGUAACAAUCUGAGGCACAUGAAACCCGAAACUUUAAUGGCUUUAAGAAACUUGUCCGGCCUAGACUUACAUAAUAAUCCCUGGCGAUGUGAUUGCAAUUUACAAACGUUUCGGGAUUGGGUGAUAAGUCACAAUUUAUAUACUCCCCCAACUUCAUGUGCGGAGCCUGCUGCAACCCGCUCCAAACUUUGGAACGAAUUAGAUUCGUCAAACUUCGCCUGUCGGCCUACCAUAUUAGAGCCCUUGCCAGAUUCCACGUUCAAAAGUUAUGACGAAAACGUGACUCUGAUUUGUAAAGUUGUCGGUAACCCUACUCCAGAAGUCAUAUGGAAAUUUAACGGGAGAACUAUUGAGCUGAGGUCGUUUGGGGAAAUCCGGUAUGUUGUUACUGACAACUCACUAGAUCUUAUAAGAUGGGUUAAUCUCACGAUCCUCCACGCUAGAUAUACCGAUAGAGGAAAUUACACGUGUGUAGCAGAAAACCCAGGUGGUGCAGAUGAAAAAACAUUGACUUUAGUGUUAUCUAAGUAUAGUGGAGCAGGAACCAUAGCUGGCAUGGAAGCGGACUCUUUUGCAAUAAUGGUUGGGAGUCUCACAGCGAUAGUAAUAAUUUUUGGGGCAGUUAUAACUCUUUGCCACUGUACAACAAAUAGCAGUGAAAUGAAAAGACUGAUUAAAACAGAUACACGUUCAUCGAAUGGUGAUGCACUUAUAGAAGGCUCUGUUGCGUCUGAGCCUGAGAAACUAGUUAAAAGUGAAAUAGUUAUUAAAGCUAAUAAGAAAUACGACGCGACGCUGACCAGCCAAGCAACAGAAAUGUCGGAAUUGAACAAGACUCUACUGGAUACCGAUACUGUUUUAGCUGUAGAAGAAAAUCACCGACAGGAGGAACUAUCAAUACAUAAAGAGCUGCUAAUAGAUCGAAUAGCGAAUGACCCACAGACAUAUCCACCCGAUCUACUCUCAAUACCUCUUAGAUCAACCGCUCAGAGCUCUUCAGCUGCAUCACAUGACAGACAGAGUCCAAAAUCACCCAACUACGACGUCAUAAGCAUCAGCCCGGCAUUGUACAGCCGCUUGCAAGCUGCCAACAUCUUCAUGAGUCCAAAAGGAUACGUGACAUUACCAAGAAGAUUACCAUAUGAGAGUGAUUUACGACCAUUCUCCACACUCAAUGGCGUUAUACCAUAUUACGAAAACUUUAAUACAAAGAUGUUUGGAGGAACAUAUUACAGUUUAAACAAGAGUGAUAUGGAUAUCGGUCCUGUGAAGAUGAGGUUUGAGGAAGAACCAGCGCCAUCGCCAGCACCUGGAACACCUCAUGCCACGAUACCCAGAAACAGUGUUAGUUCCCCCAACAUCCACAACCAGUUACUGGUGUCCCAAAGAGCAGAGAAGACUCUUAAAAUUAAUCUUGAAAAUGAAAUUAAGGAUAGAGUGCGAGCGAACAUAGUUGGUGCUAGUUUAAGAACAAGUGGGCAUAGGAAAAGAAAUUCGUGUGACUUAAAUAAUUACUUGGCUGUUGACAAUGCUACACAAGUAUAGUACUCUACUUGGUAUAAGCAUACAAUUAAGUUAUCUGGCAUAAACCUACAAUACCUAAUAAAAGAACAUGUUACUGUAAAAGUAAGUCUGUGUCCUGAUAUUCUUUAAACAUUCUAUCGAUGAAAACAUGAGAUUUGAUUCACACGGAUUUACUGUGGUUUUUGAACUUGGGUCUGGGUAAUAUUCAGAAACUAGACUGAGUUUGAGAUAUAAAAGUUAAAAUUCACGUUAAAGCGGGCCAUAGACGGACCGCAUGUCGCAGUCAAGACCGACUGCAAUAUGCGGUCGCCGCACA